UGUGUCACCUCUUCUCUUUCUCUCUACUCCCUAAUUCUUUUCCAGGAAAAGUUUUUAUUUUUCCGGGAAAAAAGGGUUCACAAAGAAAAGAAAAAGAAAAAGAAAAAGAAAAGCUGCCCAGAAAGAAAAUCAGCUUUAGAAACACUGGGUAAAAGAGAAUCAAUUUAGUCAGAGAUGUCCACAGCCUUAGCUACUAUGAGGCUCUUAUUAACCACUACAUCUACUGCCUCUUUUCUUUCUUCUUCUUCUUCUUCUUCUUCUUUAGAUUUUCCUUCCAAAUCCCUUAAAACAGGAAAUCCUAUUUUCAAUCAUUCAUGUCCUGCCAGAAGAAAGGCUCUUUCACUCUCCAACCUGACGUGGCUUUGUGGGUAUAUGAGAAGAGAUCAAGAUAUGGAUUCUUGGAAAGCUGAAGAGGAGAACUUGGUGUCCAUGUUUGGUCCUGAUGAAGAUACUGGCACCCAAAUUCCAACCCAAGCCCAAUCCCUUGUGGAAGGAUCAAGCACUGUAGUGGUGGCAGAAUAUAAGCCUGUUCCUGAUGUAGACUAUCUGCAGGAGUUAUUGGCCAUUCAACAACAAGGACCUAGAGCUAUUGGCUUUUUUGGGACAAGGAAUAUGGGAUUCAUGCAUCAGGAACUCAUUGAGAUUCUUAGUUAUGCAUUGGUUAUAACAAAAAAUCACAUUUUUACAUCAGGUGCAUCUGGGACUAAUGCGGCUGUUAUCAGAGGUGCUCUAAGAGCAGAGAAACCUGAGCUGCUUACAGUUAUCUUGCCUCAGAGUCUGAAAAAGCAACCUCCUGAGAGCCAGGAAUUAUUGGCCAAAGUGCAGAAUGUGAUAGAAAAGCCUCACAAUGAUCAUCUACCACUGAUUGAAGCUAGCAGGCUGUGUAAUAUGGACAUCAUAUCACAUGUACAGCAAGUCAUUUGCUUUGCCUUCCAUGACAGCAAGUUACUCAUGGAAACUUGUCAAGAAGCUAAAAACCUGAGGAAAAUUGUGACUCUCUUUUACCUGGACUGAAGCAAUUAGUUCAGUUGUCUAUAUUAUGUUUUGAGAGGAAGAGAGGGAGGGAUUUUAAUUUCUAUUUUUUUGGUAAUUCUUUUGUCUGUAAAUUAGGAGAUGGAAUUUGGGAAGAAUUGCUUUUUCAGUUUGCAAAUUGGUGGAAGGGAGCCAAUUUGCUCCUCUUCAAUGGAAAGAUGAGAAAUAGCUUCUUGUUCA